GUGAGCAAAGAUUAAUAUUGACUCUUCAGGUCAUGCUGUUCCCCUCAAUUGCGCCAAGAUUGUCGUCAAAAACCCCGACCUUUUUUUUUCUAAUGAUUGAUUUUCAUAUUUUAUACUUUGUAGAGAGACUCAUGUAAAAAAAGCAGGAAGAUCAUUCACCAACUUCAUCACACACAGCCUCUACAUUUGUAGUAGAACAUUAUGACAAUAAAGAAUUAUCUUAGUCAACUAAGUCUUGGGAGCACUAUAGAAACUAGAGAGCAAGUAGAGAGUCGAAGGGAAGAAGAACGAGAGCAUACAUAAUGCUCCCUCAGAACGUAAAGGUACAAUUGAUUGUCAUCAUAUAUGGUGGGCGUAGUGCUUGCAAUAGGUACUAUGGUAGCUAACUAUUCGUUAUGUUUCCCCAUUGUUGCUGCUCGACAUCGUUUGCAAGCUUUAUCUACUCUCUAUAGUUAUCGUCGAGAUACACCUAUUUAUGGUGCAAACAUGUUAUACUAUACUUACAAAGCUGGCAGCAUACGGAAACUCUAUCCGGGUUUUGGUCUUGGUCUUCUCGGACAGACCAUCAGCGCCUGUUACGAAUCAGGCAUCAAUAAUAUCGUUCACAGUACUUUUAAGAAAAAGAAAGGAGUAACAGCCACUGUCGGUACUUGUUUGAAAAAAGGUUUGGGCCUGUUGAUUAACAUCCCACUGUACCCAUUGUUUCGUAACGCUUUGGUUCUGCGAGUGCAAUCCGAUUCAGCAGCUACCCGUAUCGCUAUUCAUAAUGUACAGGAAUUCCUACAAUUAUAUAAGAAAUAUCUGUAUAGUUUUUCACCAAAGUCGAACUCUUUUGGAAUUACUAUGUCUGCCUUCAUACCAUCUUGUAUUACGAAUGUACUUACCGAGAAAAUGAUUAUGUACAUCUAUCGACGUAUUUCAAAGUAUUUGUCAUCUCAGUCGAAGCUUAACAAUAUGGAUGCAAACAGUUCAACAACGAAAAAGAAGAGAGAGGCAACGGUUUUACAUACGUUCUACCCAGAAAUAGGGUGUGGAAUUAUUAGUAGCGUUAUCACUCGAGCAUUGAGCUAUCCUAUCGAUACAGUUAUUUUCAAACUGAUGAUACAAGACAGCGGUAUAUUGAGGACAGAAACAAAAUAUCAGGGAUUCUUCAAUUGUAUAAAGCGCACAUGGUCUGAAGAAGGCGGAUGGAAAGCAUUUUAUCCAGGAUGGGGAGUAUUUAUACUGGAGGUUGGAAUGAGUUACUUUGUACUAGAGACAGCCUGGUGCGCGUAUAGAUUAGCCCAGUGGAGCCUACAAACAGUGAACAACUCUAAUGACAGCAAGGCUAUAAGAAAAGCUAGAAAAUUGAGAGAAAGGCUGCUUUCUCAAAGAGGACACUAAACGAAGUAACUAAACGGAUUA